UCCGGGUUUUGCUUAAAGCAUCGCAUCCUGAUCGCGAUCGUGUCGCCCGCUGACUAGAAUGGACGAAUUUCAGGCUGAGGAUGAGACAACCUUUGUCGUUGAAGAAGUUAGCAAAAUAAUAAAAGAGUCCGUUGAGGCAACCAUUGGUGGGAAUACCUAUCAGCACAACAGGGUCAAUCAAUGGACAACCAAUGUUGUGGAGCAGUGCCUUAGUCAGCUCAGCAAACUAGGGAAGCCUUUCAAAUAUAUUGUAACCUGUGUCAUCAUGCAGAAAAAUGGAGCUGGCCUGCAAACAGCUAAUGCAUGUUUUUGGGAUAACACUACUGACGGAAGCUGUGCAGUGAGGUGGGAAAACAAGUCAAUGUACUGCAUCGUCACAGUUUUUGGAUUGGCCAUUUGAUGUUUUGCAUUUUGUCUUUGAUUCUAUUUUCAUGUAUUGU